CCUCGCUCGGCGCACGGAGCGACGGGGUAAUGUGUUAUCGCAAUAAUCGUAUCGCCGUGACGCACUACGCCGGACAGUAAUAAUAUUAUUGGGACGACGUUCGCGCGUACAAACAGCUCCCGUGAUAUUUGUCUCGUGACGGGCGGCGAAACGCGGACCUUACGUUGCUCCCCGCCCGUCGACCGGGGCUCGUCUAAUCGGUGUAGUACCCGCCUAGUACGUAUACACACACACACACACACACACACAGAGAUUACGAUAACCGGCCGGGCGUACGUACGCGAACACGCGAGACUUGAACGUCCGCGUACCGCCGCGGCGACUCAUCAUCGCGGGCAGUUCGGACGGCCGACGCUCCACACUCGUCAUCGCGCAGCGUCGCGUUACGGACCGCAGUAACCGCCGUCGUCUGCGUCUGCCGCCGUGAUUAUUAACGAUACGUCCGCAAUGGCCGUCGAUUGGAGCGCGACUUCCUGGCCGGCGGCGGUCUUCCAUCCGUCCGUGGCCCUCGCGGCCGCCGUCGCCGCCGCCGCCGUCCUACUGGGUUACGCGUACUCGACGUACCACCACGGCAAGUGGAGGCGUCUUGGCGUGCCGCACGCCGGCGGGCCGACGCCGUUGCUCGGCCAUCUGACCGACGUCGUCAUGGGGCGCGUGCCGCUCGUCCAUCUGGUGCACGCGCUUUACGGCCAGUUCGACGGGUGCCGGUAUUUCGGGAUUUACGAGGCGCGCAAGCCGGUGCUGGUGGUCCGCGACCCCGGGCUGGUGCACAGCGUCAUGGUCGGAAGCUUUGCGCAUUUUUACGACCGGAACGCCAGCAAGGUGUCGUUCAAGCACGACAAGCUGUUCGAUCACAUAGCGAACCUCCGGGGCGAACAUUGGAAAGCGGUCAGGGCCAAACUCAGCCCCACGUUCUCGUCCGCCAAGCUCAAGUCCAUGAUGGGCGACAUGAACGAGUGCACGGAACGGUUGAUCGACAACCUGAACGGACAGAUAACGACCAAUAACGGUGUGUGUGUGUGUGUGUGUGUGUGUGUGUGUAUUAUAUCCGUAGUUAUUCGUUUAUAGAUCGUAUUGAGGAUUAUGAACUGCGCGCGGUAGCCAAACACUUGUCUAGAAACUGGAUAGAAAUACUUUGUAUUUAGAAAAAAAUAACGAUAAUAAUUGAUAAUCGCUUUCCGGCGGAAUUAAUACCGUACAAUCACAUUAUAAUGGGUACAUACUAAAAUAUAUUUUAAUUUUCGUAUCGUUCGAUAAAAUAAGCGUACAAAAUAUGCAUAAUAUCGUUUAUGUAAACAUUUUGUAUUGGAAACAACGAAUUUGCGGAAAAUCGAACUUCGGUGUUUUGUAUAAUGAGCAAAUAUUACGUGUACCCGAUUUCCAACUGAAACAGAAGACGACCUCGAAUUUGUUUCAGUAAUAGUCCGAUUUCCUCAAUCGAGCGCACUUGAUUGAUAUUUUCAAACAUUAAAUGUAAUUAGUACAAUUAUUUGUAUAAGUACGCCAUACAUAAAUAACGUUUUGAAAAAUCGUACGGAUGAAAAAAAAAAAUAAAAUAAACAAAAUGUAAUUAUUUGAAUAGCCUUGAAUUUUUUCAAGUGAUUACGUUCAAUACCUACACCAUACCCACCUACGAUAAUAUUAUUUGCGCACCUAUUCAUCUUUGUAUUUCUUUGUGUUUAUACGAUAGUAUAUCUGAACUAUAAUGUUUAAAAAGUUGAAAGAAAACAUUUUUCAAUAAAUUAAAAAAAAAAAAAAAUAAUAAAUAAUUUAUCCGAGGUGUUAAUCGAUAACAUAUUCGAUUUAGAUAUGGGCAUCGAUAAUAAGAUAAACAUCAUUUUCAGACAUUCAAAAAUACCCAUCUAGUCUUUAUAUAUAAAUAACUAAUCAAAUAAAUUAAUAAUCGAUUUUUGAACUAGUGAAAUUCAAAAUUGUAUGUACGUGCGUACAGUUUUCUCGUUUUGUUUAUAGAAUCGAAAAUAAAGAUAUUAUUGUCUUGAGCGUUUUCGAUAACAGUACUUAAUCACAGAUUUUGUUUUACAGGAGUUGUUGAUGUGAACGAAGCGUCGGCUCAGUUCACAACCGACACUAUUGGCCGUUGUGCUUUUGGACUUGAAUGCAACGCAUUAUCAAAUCCGGAUUCAGAAUUUCGACGUACCGGACGAGAUAUAUUUAUACCGACGCGUAGAUCAGCAAUACUAAAUUUCAUCAGACUUGUUGAUUUCGGUUGGCUUCUCGAUGUAUUUAGGUUGUGUGAUUUGCCCGACCAUAUUUAUGAAUUCUUCGGCAACGUACUAGAAACCACUAUGGAACAACAUAAAACUGGACAAAAUAAUCGUAACGAUUUUAUUUCACUUUUGGUCAAAUUAAAAGACGAUGAACAAGUAAACAAGGACGGAACAAGUAAAUAUUUAGUAAAUAGUAGUUUUGAAAUUUGUUUACAGUUUAGUUUACAGUUGGUAUCUGUAAUUAUAUAACAGUAGGUAAACUAGGUAAACAUAUUAUCGUAGAACAAGGUGUGCGUGAAAAAGUAACAAGUUUACGGCUUUACAAGUUUAAUAUUUAAAAUUCCACGAAUUUGAUUUACAACAAAAACUAGACUAUAGUCUGUGAACGAUAAUAAUGCGGGAUGGCUACUACUGUGAAUCUCGGUGACUUCACUGAGUUCCCACGAAUUUGCAACUACAUUGCCUAUAUUCCUAUUUUUUUUUUAUACCGAUUCCCCCCAAACUAUCUAGAACAAAAUGUAUCAGUUGCCCUUAUAUGUAAAUAUAUGCACGAUAACAAUAUAUAGCCCGUAAAAUAGGAAAGGUAAAUGUACAAAUAAUCAAUAAAAUAUAAAAUUAUUUAAAAUUUAAUAAUUUUUUUACAACUUUUUACAAUGCACUGUGUCAAAAAUGGACAUUAUAUUCCAUUAGUGUUUUCAUUAUUAUCUAAUAUGUUGAAAUAAAAAUGCUCUGGCUUUGAACUUGAAUCAAUCCGUCAAUUGUAUCCCAAUUCGAAUUAAGUAUCCAUGUAGCUUCUAAAGUUUAAAAAAGUCAGUACCGAAAAUUUUAUAAAAUCUGUAAGUAAUUAUCAUUACAAAACAUAAUAUAUUUAAUUUUUUAAAUUUUUUUUUUCACAAAUUAUAAUUAUAAUUAUAAAUACGAAUUAAUAUAUAUUAUUGUAAGCAUAUGAAUUGUUUUCUAUCAUUUUAUACUCUUUUUUUAUGAAGUGCAUUUUUAAUAUGCAAUAUUUAUCUCCCUUAUUUUACGGGCUAUAUAUUGUAAUCCCGUAUAUAUUAACAUGUGAUGGCAAUUGGUACAUUCGGUUUGGGACAACUGGUGCAUUUGGUUAGGGGCAACUGAUACAUUUUUAAAAUCCCGAUAACAGCCGUUGGGGGCACACCCAAAUUCUUGUCUUCAUUAUUUGGUACUGGAUUACACUAUACACUGUAUGCCUGAAAAAUUCCCAAACUAAAUUAAAUAAAAACACAGAUUCAUUCGAAUUUAUUCAACUGGUUACACAAAGUCCUUGUCUAGUUAUUCACUCGUUACAGCAUCGGUAAAGCCGUUGUUUAAACGCCUUGGAUAGUUCAUUUUUGUGGAAUUGCCUUUAACUGCUCUGAACAAGGUCUUUGAAUCGCCGGAAUGUCUUAAAAAAAGUGACCUUUCAUCUUCAACUUGAGCUUUGGAAAUAAAAAUAAUCUGCAGGAGCCAAAUCGGAUUCAAUGAAGUCUCUGCUGCAAGAAAUGCGUCUGUUUUUGUUCAACGGUUAAAAAAUGUGGAACAAAACGAAGACAAAUCUUUCAACAGUUCAUUUUUUCUUUUAAAAUUGUACGUACUGUGUCUUUACCGACAUUAGGCUUUUCUGAUAUGAUCCGAAGGAUAAGAUGAGAUUGUUCGAGCAGCAGCGCACGCACUUUCGAACCAUUUUCGUCGUGAACUGUUAUUGAUGGCCUUCCACUUCGUUCAUCGUCAUCACUCAAAGACUCUAACGUUUUUAAAUCGCUUCCAAUAACGUUGUAGUACGAGAUGUGCCUUCAUCGCCGAAUGUUUGUUGUAUCAUAGAAUAAGUAUCCGUAAACCAUUUUUGAAGUCGAACGCAAUAUUGUUUUGCACUUCUUUGUUCCAUGUUGCAAGCUCGUACAAGGUACUCGGAACAUAUACCGUAAACAAUUGAAUAUAAUAUGGGAUUGAAGAAACCAGACAUGCUGAUAUUUUGUACAGAUACUCGUUAAGAAUUUUUUACUAUAUGAUGUAUUUUUUAUAUGAGAUAUAACGCUAUUUAGUUCAGGAACUUUUCAGAUAUACUGUAUAUGAUAUAUAUAAUAGAAUAAAAAAUUCACAUUAGUUCAUGUAUUAAAAAUAAUAACUGAUAGGGAAAUAAGGGAGUGAUAAGUAUUUUGACUUAACAAAAAUUAGAUAAAAAAUGAAGAGUUCCCCCCGAACAUUUUUUUUGGCUAUGGUACUAAUGAAAACUUUCUUAUCAUUAAGUUUGUAUAACAAGUCAGCUUAAUAAAAUAUGUCGGGUAUUCGAGCCAUUGUGCGAAAUCGGUGGCGUAGCGAGCUGUCCUCCGAACCCGCAUCUUUGCAACUUCUUAUUUAAUAAUGAUUUCAAAAAAGUUUUGAUUAUACUAAUGGCCAAAGCAUGAAAAAUAUACAUUUGGAAAAAAAACAUUUUUAUAAAAUUCAAUUUUAACUGAGAAAUAUACGUAACGGAAAACUGAACUUUUUUUUUACGUAGUAAUGUACUCGCAAAAUCACACAUUUUGAAUGAAAAAAAGUCAUUAAGUAUGCUAAACUAGAACUAUUUUAUUCUAUUGAAUGCAUUGCAUUAUAUAGCAUGAUGUAUAGAUAUAAAUAGUAAAAUUAAAUUUAUGUACACAUGCAUAGAUAUCUGUGGAAACAUAUAAUUCUAUUUUAUAUCAUAUUUCAGAACUAUUUACUGAUGAGAUAUUAGCUGCGAAUUCAUUUGUAUUCUUUGUUGCUGGUUUCGAAACUACAGCUUCGAUUCUAAGUUAUUGUCUUUACGAGUUAGCCAUUAAUCCGGAAAUUCAAAUCAAAUUGCGAGAAAUAAUCAAAGAAAAACAUGAUGAAAACGAAGGAAAACUCUCUUACGAUAUGCUAAAAGAAUUGAAAUACUUGGAUAUGGUGAUAAAUGGUUAGUGUAGCUUUCUAAAACAUGCAUACCUAAUACGGUUUUAUUUCAAAUAUUAUAAUAAUAUAUUUAUAACUUUUAUAAACUACCGUAGAAACGUUUCGAUUGCAUCCACCGGUUCCCAUUUUAAGCCGUGUGUGUACUAAGAAGUACUCAAUACCGGACAGCGACUUAACUUUAAAUAUCGGCGAGAAGUUGUUGAUUCCCACAUAUUCAUUACACAACGAUCCAAAGUAUUAUCCGAAUCCAGAAAUUUUCGAUCCCGAACGAUUUACCGACGAGAAUAAAGCUUUAAGGCCACACGGCACGUUUCUUCCGUUUGGCGAUGGCCCUAGGAUAUGUAUUGGUAAAUAAAUUUGAUUUUGAGUAGGUACUAUACCUAAAUAUAAAAAAUAAUAUUAAUUUUAAACGUUGAGGUUAGGUGUAGCUAUAUUAUAUUAUAUAAUAUUAUUCAUGUUUAUUUAAUAUCGUUACAGGUAUGCGAUUCGCAUUGAUGGAAGUCAAAAUAGGACUAGCGGAAAUCAUAUCGAAAUUUGAAGUAAGGCCAUCCAAGAAAACACAAUCUCCGAUCAAAAUAAGACCGAGAUCCGUAUUUCUCACACCCAAUGAUCCGAUCAUUUUGACUUUCGAAAAAAUUGAAUGAUUAUAUUAUAUUUAUUUAAGUACCCAUUGGUGGGCCGAAAAACUCAAAUUCGACUCAGUUUCGUCAACAUAUUAAGAGGUGGUGGACGGUGGUUGCAUGGUGUCGGGUAGGCUUGGAUAGUAGGAUUAUUAAUAUUAAUAGUGUGCGUAUCUAAUAUUCUAAUAUUCAGGUUAUUAUCGGUUAUCAUAAUAGCAUUGAACGUGUGCGAUUUUAUCAUACACCUAUAUACUAUAAUACUACAUUAUAGUGUAUCUGCCUUCAGAAGACUUAAUAUCUACGUAUGCAUUUUUUUUAUCCGUGUUCUCAAGGUAACAAAAACAAUUAACACAGCUAAUUUGAUGUAUUUUAAAAUGUAAAAACUGAUCGCCACCGCAGUAACGUAAGAAAUCUAAUAUUUUUAGACAAAAUGUAAUCUAUUACGUUCUUUGUCAGGAUGCAAUCUAUCUCCUUGGCCCUUGUCAAAUUUUAUCGAAUUCUGACGCGAAUAGGUGUGAAAAGAAAUACACAUACAAAUUUAUACAUUUACCUGUGUAAUAUAAGUAUGAAUUUAAUUUUAUCAUGAGCCAUUUGGAAACUGUGUAUGCGUGUGAGGGUAGAGAUAAGAUGGCGGUGGUGGUAAUACUUAACUAUGAGAUUACGUCGUUAAAAAAUUAAGUUCAAUCCGCCAACUGCAGGUACUUACAGUUAUAUUAUAUUAUGUAGUUAUAAUUUCUGUAAUUGUUUUUAUAUAGCGAACUAUAAUGUAAGAUAUUGUAACCGUACGUUGUUUUUUCAAUGGUUGUAAUUUUAUAACUCUGUCCGUGUUUUAACCACAGUAUAACGAUUUCGUAGAAGGCCAGAUAUCUAUAAUUAUAUACUAUUUUAUGUUCAACUGGUGUUUAACUUCACAUAAUUAUCCCCAUCAAUCUUAUGUCCUAAAUAAAUAUUAAAUUUGUAUUAUUUUUAUUACAAUUAUUAUUAUUGCAACUAUCCGUUUAUACAGUUCUAUACUAUCGUAAUUAUAUACAAAACAAUUAAAAACAGCUUUAUUGAUUUUUAAACGGUUUAUUUUAAAAUAACAAAUACGUGUUAUUAAUCAAAUAUUAGUCCAGAAUACCGGGCUAGGAUUUUAUAGCACCGAAAAUAACUGAAAUAUCUGCUAUAAUAUGGCUUAACAAAUCUUAAAAUAAACGUUUUACUAUGACUUAAAAAGUCUUAAAAUAAGCUAUAAUGUGCCAUAAAAACAUAAAAAAAUAGUGAAAAGAGAAUGUAUUUUUUUUUCAGUUUUUAAUUUUUUUAAAUAUAUAAAUAUAACCGAUAAAAAGUCAUAAAUGUAGACCGUUCGACGGAUCAGUACGUCAGGAUAUUUAAAAAUAAAUUAUAACAUUAAACGAAAAUGUAAAUAUUUUUCUUAUGGAAUCACAUAAAUAACAGAUUUUAUCUACUAUUUAUAAAAAAAUAAAAUAAAUCAUUAUAUUAUUAUGCAUAUUAGCAAAAAAUGAGCUGCAAAAAUCGAAAAAUGUUCUCUUGUUAUAAUUUUAUGAUUGCAUAGGUUUUUAAUGAAUAAUGUAUUCAUUUGAUUCU